AUAUAUAUACACUACUGGGUACAUCAGAUACACUGUUGAAACACCGUGCGAGAACGUGCGCCUAACCCACCACCCACCCCUUCAGUUUCUCUCUUUCUCUUUCUCUUUCUCAUUCUCAUGUAGUCAUAUCAUGUCCUCCCCACGCCCGCUGUCCCCCGUCCAUCCAUUCCCUCUCUUUACACUGUUUUCUUCUAUCUCUUCCGCUUCUCCACUCUUCUCUUUCCUUUCCUUAGCUUUCUCCAUUAACUAUUUCUUCCACCAAAAAAGCUGCUCUGCUCCCUCUUUUUCACUUUUUCACCCACAAUUUUUUUAAACCCUCUCUCCGAUUCUCCCUCCAUCUAUUUCUCCACACCUUUUAUUAUUGUUUUUUUAAAAACCCUUCUCUUCCUUCUCUAUAUGCACAGGUAGAAGCAAAGAUGGAUGAGCUGUAUGGAAUUCAUUCUGUGCUUGCACCUUCAAAUGCUCCCUCCAAUAACAAUAAUGUGUUUAGUCUUGGAGUUGAUGAUAUUCAUCACCAUCAUAAUCAUCAUCAUCAAAGUAGCAUGAUCAAUGGGGGGCUUGAGGGUCAACAAGGUCAUCAUCUUGUGCUUACCAGUAGUAAUGAGAAUUACUAUAACAGUGAUGAGAAUAGUAAAGCAGGAGGAGGGGGUGUGGAGAUGAUGUCAGAUGUUGUAAAAGCACAGAUUGCCACCCAUCCUCUUUAUCCCAACUUAGUAUCGGCCUAUAUCCAAUGCAGAAAGGUUGCAGCACCUCCAGAAAUGGCUGCACUUCUUGAAGAACUGAGCAAAGUGACCCAGCCCAUCACCACCACCACCACCACAGCUGAGAUGGGUGCUGAUCCUGAACUUGAUGAAUUCAUGGAAUCAUACUGUGAAGUUUUGUACAAAUACAAAGAAGAGUUGUCAAAGCCCUUUGAUGAAGCCAAGACUUUCUUGAGUAGCAUAGAGUCUCAGCUCAGCAACCUCUGCAAAGAUACCUUUCCCACCACCUCCUUCAACUCCUAUCACUCUGGUGUUUUGUCAGAUGAAGCGGGUGGUACAUCAGAAGAGGAUCUAAGCUGCGGGGAAGUGGAAGUAGCGGAAAGUCAAGACUAUCUGAACAAUAGCGAGGGUGACCAGCAGAUUAAAGAAAUGCUGAUGCGAAAGUACAGUGGAUAUCUUAGCAGUUUGAGGAAGGAAUUCUUGAAGAAGAGGAAGAAAGGAAAGCUCCCAAAGGAUGCAAGGGUUGCACUGCUAGACUGGUGGAACUCCCACUACAGGUGGCCAUACCCCACGGAAGAGGAGAAGAAUAAGUUAUCAGAGGCCACAGGGUUGGACCAAAAGCAGAUAAACAACUGGUUUAUAAACCAAAGGAAGCGGCACUGGAGGCCUUCCGAAGACAUGCGUUUCGCUCUUAUGGAAGGGGUAAGCGGCGAUGUUACAGGAUCCAUGUACUUUGAUGCAGGUGGAGGAACCGGAAAUCUUGGCAUUUGAAAUAGGUGAUAGCUAGUGUCAUGCAUGCUAGUAUGCUCAAAAUGAAAUUGUGUCCAUAUAAAGAUUCUGAUGUUUAUUGCAGCUAGCUGUUUAAAUCAUAUGGAGUAACAUUAUAUUCUAUGAGAGUUAUUUUUUUGGUACAUCCCAAACCUAGUCAUCAAAGGCACACAAUUUGGUUUUUGAAA